AUGUAAUGUAGAUAUACUAAUGAAAAUAUAUUUUAAGGAGAUUUAGAUGAACAAAUUAAAAAAAUAUUGCAAGAGCUGAAGUUGCAUUGUAAUAAGAAUUGGCCAGAUAGAGUUGGCUUAAAAUAGGUGAAUUUAAGGAGUGAUUGGGAAAUGAAAUACUCUAAAUCCUUGAGGAAGUAAUAAGAAAAUGCAUUACAUUUAGUCAAAAGAUAGAUUGUUAAUAAUAGGAAUAAUAUGAAGAGGUCUUAGGACUAGUUUUUUGA